AUGGCCCGCUCCAGCUCUUUGCUCGCCUUCUUGGUGUUGGCCCUUGGCUGCUCUGCGAUGCUUUGCUUCGUGGGCACAACUCCAGCACCUGCAAGCAAGUCUCUCCGCGCGCCAGCAGUUCAGAUGGAGGCACGAGGUGGCGCUGACGGCGCACUGGGCGACAUGACUCCGGACACCUACAUUAUCGGAAUUACUGUGUUUGGCAUUGCAUCCUUGUUCGCCAACAUCAGCGGUCGCUCCUGCUCCUGUGCCUGUGCCGGCUUUCCCCCAAGACUUGCAAUGGCCCGCUCCAGCUCUCUGCUCGCCUUCUUGGUGUUGGCCCUUGGCUGCUCUGCGAUGCUUUGCUUCGUGGGCACAACUCCACCUGCAAGCAAGUCCCUCCGCGCGCCAGCAGUUCAGAUGGAGGCACGAGGUGGUGCAGACGGCGCUCUGGGCGACAUGACUCCUGACACGUACAUUAUCGGAAUCACUGUCUUUGGCAUUGCAUCCUUGUUCGCCAACAUCAGCGGCUUCUUCAACCCUUGA